UGAAAAUGAAUUAACGCUUUCUCCCUCUCUCAUUCACCUCACUUCUCAUGAAAGUGGCGAAACGAUGCGUUUGAGUUAUACUUUGGAAAAAGUGAGAAUACCGUUGAGUUGGAAUGCACCGAUUCGUGAAAUAGUGCGGUACUGAGUGAACGAGUCAGGGUUUUCAGUAUUUGGAGAACUUCGACGCUCACUCUCAUUUCUCUCUCCAUCACUUUCUGAAUUUCAUCAUUCCAAAUCAUAAAUUCUUCAAUUUGAAGAAGAAGUUGUUGCGAUGAAGAUACCAUUUCCAUCGGAGAAGGAUCAAGUUGAUGUUGAUGCAAUGGACUCUUGUUCCCCAAAUUCCGUUCCAUCAUUUCACAUUCAACUCCCCAAUCUCUCCACAGACAUCGACUCCUUAGAGGUACUCACCAGACGGGCAGCAAUGUAUCAGGACUACAUGAAGCAGAUCCCAAUCCCGAGUAAUCGAGGUUCUGUCAUUCCGUUUACAUCAUGGAUGGGACUAGGGAAAUCCAUCAAGCAGCUAUACGGGCAGCCUCUACAUUACCUCACAAAUGUGGCCCUUAAGCAAUGGGACCAAUUGAGAAUUGGCAGUGAGGAUGAAUGGAAGCCCUUGGACGAUAUAGUUCAUCCAUGCAAAGCAGAAGCAUCCGUCUGGCUCAUGGAAGAAGUCCAUCGACAAACCUCGUCACAUUUUUAUAUUGCUAAUCUCUGGAAGGAGGACCCAGUGUACAGUGGGUUUGUUGAUUCAAUUUUCCCAAAAUUAGAGCACACAUCUUGAAUCCUCUACUCACUGUAUUAUGGUAUUUUCCAUUUUAAUACACAGCUGCAUCAAAAUGUUUGUCUCUCAGGAUACUGCUAAUGAUGUAAAGAGGAUUAACUACCUUUAGUGUUUGGUAACUUUAGUAUUAAGGAUAUACUGCAAUUGUUUAUUCAAUAAAUAAGAAAUCCAUACUGCACUCUCUCAAUUUUAAAAACAAACGGGUUUUUAGGCGUU